AUUGACAACAUCCUAUCAUCAUUCGGUGGAGCCGUUUGCCGCGAAUCUGUUUUUGCUGCAAAUUACGAACCACAAGUCGCUGUUUUUCUCCGAGAUCGACGCUCUCAGGCUCUCACCUUACAGCUCACAUCGCCUAUAUCAUCCAGGCAAAGUAGUGAAAAAGAGAGAGAAGACUCUCCGCUAGAGUACAAAACGGAGUCGGAAUGUUUGAAUAUGAGUCAAUGGCUAGCAACAACGAUCGGGAUCUCAACUGCCGAUGCUGCGGUAGUCGGACAAAUAUUGACUACGAGUGGCUUUGAUAGGCCUACGCAACUAUAUGGGUGCCUUACUGCAAGGGAAAUGUCUAUCCUUGGCAUUGACAAGAGCAUCCAGCAUCAAAUUCUGUCAUAUCUUUCCACCGUGGACGAUCCGCGACCCAAUGCUAAUAACUAUAACUACGUUUCUGAUUGGUUAUGUUCGUUGGAACUUACCGAUUACCUCGGAAACUUCGUUAUAGCUGGGCUUAAAUCAAUGCUGGUUGUUCGGACAGCCGAACUUUCUCGGAAGCACUUGGAGAAACUUUUUCUGAAAACCAUGUAUUUCUUUCCUGGUGAAGCAACUUUACAAUGUUUUGAUAUAGUCGUUGUAACUUUGUGGGUGUUAGGACCUUUUGCUUUACUCUCGAUGUUUUUCGAAUGCAUGACAAUCAGCUCAGCUAACAUUGUCUUGUGA